AUGUCAUUGCACUUCCUCAGAGUGCCCAUAAUGUCUGAGCGUGCCCCACGCCGCUCGACCGACGAGGAGGCAGCCCCAUUACUGCGAGAUGACGAUGACGACGUAGGCAGCACCCAAGAAGAAGAAGAGCCUACCCUACUCGAGCGACUGAACUCAAUCGCUCAAGAACCGUUGACUCCAUUAACUCAAAUCCUUCUCGUUGUCGCACUCGUUCUCCUACUACUUAGCGCCGUCUUUAUCGGCCUUUUUGCCGGAGAAUAUACCAAGCUCAAACAGCGUGAACGAGAAGACGGACCAAGACCAACGGUCACCGUUACCCAAACGGCGAUAGUGACUACGACCGCGAAGCCUCCUGGCCCAACCGGCAGUCCAGCCGAGGAAGUCUGUAUCACUCCCGAAUGCAUCAAGCUUUCGGCUAGCAUUUUAUCAUCUCUCGAUGUCUCCAAGGACCCCUGCGAGAACUUUUUCGAAUUCGCCAACGGAGGUUGGAUUGCUUCGCACCCAUUGCCAGCCGACAAGGGCUCUUUCGGUCAAUUCGAAGCUCUCUCCAUCGACAACAAACGUGUGGUGCAACAUUUCCUCGAAACACCCUCUGCAACCUCAUCGUUCACUACUUCGGCGGACGAACAACUGCUUCACAAACUUCGCAGUUUCUACAACUCAUGUCUGAACGAGAACAGGCUGGAUGAGAUUGGAAACGAACCAUUGCUUCAGUUUGUGAAGACUGUCAAGAAGUUGUUCAGACGCGAAGGUUUUGAGAUUUCUGAAAUUAGCUCUGAGAAUGACCUUAGCGGGCUUACACCUGCUUUAGUCUUCCUUCACUCUCGAGGCGUUCAUGCACUCUUCACGUUCAAGAUCAAAGGAGAUGCUGGAUUCGACUCAAAUUUAAUGGUGCCGUGGCUUGACCAAGCUCCUCUCGGUCUUCGGGCAAAAGAAUAUUAUCAAGAGCCGGAGAUUGUCAGAAUUUAUCAUGACGUUCUUGAACGGCUGUUCGCCACACUAUUAAAGGAGGAUAAGAAGACAACCCUACUGGCAGAAAAUCAGUGGAAUAUAGACCAUGAGACAGACAAGAACGCGCAAAUCAAUGAGGCACGGCGCAUCGCAGCAAGUGUUGUCAUGUUCGAAACCAAGCUCGCCAAUGUUACCCUUGACAACGGCGCCUACCAACAUCCGUUCCUCACAUACAACCGCCUUCCCUUCGAGAACCUCACAGAAUUGUUUCCUCAAGUCGACUUUUCCCAGUAUUUUGCAGCGUUAACACCGCGUCGCUUUCCUGAGGAUAUUAUUGUUACCUCUCCUGCCUAUGUUGUCGCUCUCUCUAAGCUGCUACACUCUUCAUCCCCGGCAACGGUCGAGGCGUAUCUCGUGGCUCGUGCUGCACUCGCCCUUUCGCCCAAUUUGGGAAUGGCAACGGAGCCAUGGGCUGCCCAACGAGCGUUGGAAGAAGCGCUCACUGGAAUAAAGAAAGGUACCAUCGGCAACCGCAAAGAAUAUUGUGUCGACAAGGUCGAAGCCACUCUUGGCUUUGCAGCCGGACGCUACUUUGUGAAUGCUACUUUUGGAAGUGAUCCCGAAUUCCAGGAGAAGAGCCGGGAAAUCAUCAAGAACAUUAUCAGUGUGUUCAAAGCGUCGCUGCCCAAUAUAUCCUGGUUGGACGAAAAGUCUGCUGGUGCUGCAGCUCGCAAGGCCGCUGUCAUUCGCCCUAUAGUAGGCUAUCCAGACUACCCAGACGUUCGAGAGCCAUCCUCGCUCUUGCAAUACUACAGCACGAUGGAAGUUAAUGAAGAUACCUAUUUUGACAACCUUCUCAGCGCCGCUGCGAGCGACGUGUCUAGGACGUGGCUUAAAGUGGGCCAGCGACGGAAUCCUGGAGAAUGGACAUUUCCGGUGUACCCGUCCACAGUCGACGCGUAUUUUGACGCCCGGGCCAACGAGAUUGUCUUUCCUGCGGGGAUCUUGCAGCCACCCUUCCUCUCGACACAGUGGCCUUCGUAUCUAUCGUAUGGCGCAUUCGGUUCAGUAGCUGGUCAUGAAUUGACGCACGCUUUCGACUCUGCGGGACGACUUUACAAUCAGCAUGGAAUGCUUGAAAACUGGUGGACUCCGGAGAGCAACGCGGCGUUCCAGAUCAGGCAAAAAUGUAUUGAAGCGCAGUUUUCCAAUUAUACCGUCGACGAUGGCCAAGGAGGUGCCAUCCACCUCAACGGCGAAUUCUCUUCCGGAGAGAAUAUCGGGGAUUCCGGGCUGAUUCAUGCCUAUCGCGCUUGGAAAGCCCGGUUCAAUGAGUCGCAAAAUGCCGGGACUGAGUACCUGUUGCCUGGGCUGAACUAUACUCGUGAGCAGCUGUUCUUCAUCGCGUUUGCAAGAAUCUGGGGGGAGAACGUCAAGACUGCUACGCUUGUCCAGCGCGUUCGAACGGACCCACACUCGCCAAGGAACUUGCGUGUCGAAGGCACACUGUCGAAUAUUCCAGAAUUUGCGGAGGCCUUUCAGUGUCCCAACGGGUCAAAACUGAAUCCUCCAGAUGAGCAAAGAUGCGUAUUCUGGUCGUAA